AUGUAUUCAAUUGCAAUCUUCUCUUCUCCCUCUGCAGUUAGAACCGCUAACAACAGCUCUCCGGUUCCACGACUCAAGAAGACGACGGUGACCCUGAGGAAUUCAGUGCGUAAGGUGGCUGCGUCUGUUAAGUGUGCUUCCGCCGCGGAUAACAAGAUGGCGGGAAGUUUGUACGAGAUACUUAGAGUGGAGAGAACGGCGUCGUUCAAAGAAAUCAAGACAGCUUACCGGAGCUUGGCCAAGGUUUUCCAUCCAGAGGCGAUGGGAUCGCCAUCGGACGGCCGUGAUUUCAUAGAGACACGCGAAGCGUAG